AUGGCUUGGAUUUCGCCAUCUGGAGUGUACAAGCACCUGUAUGAGACACGGAGCUCCCCACUUGUCUGUGAAGGAGGUGAGGGCUCUGUGAAGGAGGUGAGGUCUGUGGAGGAGAUUUACAAUGAAAAGGAACUUCUUCAGGGGAAGCUGGACCUCCUCAGCGACACCAACAUGGUGGAUUUCGCCAUGGACGUGUACAAGAACCUGUAUGCAGACAAGGAGAUCCCACACUCCCUGAGGGAGAAGAGGAGCACCGUCGUGGCACAGCUGAAGCAGCUCCAGUCAGAGACGGAGCCGAUCGUCAAGAUGUUCGAAGACCCAGAAACCACUCGGCAGAUGCAGUCCACGAGAGACGGGAGGAUGCUCUUCGACUAUCUUUCAGAGAAACACAAUUUUCGUCAGGAGUACCUGGACACGCUGUACAGGUACGCCAAAUUCCAGUACGAGUGUGGAAACUACUCCGGGGCUGCAGAGUACCUCUACUUCUUCCGUGUCCUGGUUCCCUCGACAGACAGGAACGCCCUGAGCUCUCUGUGGGGGAAACUGGCCUCGGAGAUCCUGAUGCAGAACUGGGAAGCAGCCAUGGAGGAUCUCACUCGACUGAGAGAGACGAUCGAUAACAACUCUGUGAGCUCUCCUCUCCAGUCCCUGCAGCAGAGGACCUGGCUCAUCCACUGGUCCCUCUUUGUGUUCUUCAACCAUCCUAAAGGCCGAGACAACAUCAUCGAGCUCUUCCUCUAUCAGCCACAGUACCUGAAUGCCAUCCAGACAAUGUGCCCACACAUCCUGCGAUACCUCACGACCGCAGUCAUCACAAACAAAGACGUACGGAAGCGCAGGCAAGUGCUCAAGGACUUGGUGAAGGUCAUUCAACAGGAGUCGUACACGUACAAGGACCCGAUCACGGAGUUCGUGGAGUGUCUCUACGUGAACUUCGACUUCGACAGCGCCCAGAAGAAGCUGAGGGAGUGUGAGUCGGUUCUUGUAAAUGACUUCUUCCUGGUCGCCUGCCUCGAGGAUUUCAUUGAGAACGCCCGUCUCUUCAUCUUUGAGACCUUUUGUCGGAUCCAUCAGUGUAUCAGCAUCAGCAUGCUAGCAGACAAACUCAACAUGACGCCGGAGGAGGCGGAGAGGUGGAUCGUCAACCUCAUCCGUAACGCCAGGCUCGACGCCAAGAUCGACUCUAAACUGGGUCAUGUGGUGAUGGGCAACAACGCCGUGUCGCCGUACCAGCAGGUGAUCGAGAAGACCAAGAGCCUGUCCUUCCGCAGCCAGAUGCUGGCAAUAAACAUUGAAAAGAAAGUUGCCUACAGCAACAGAAACGAGGUACGCUGAGCAUGAAAGGGUUUAUACA